AUGACAGGGGAGCGAGGAAGCAUCCUGGAAGGAGCGGAUGCCCUGCGAGGGCACGAUGAGAGCGAAUGGGAGGUGUUGGCAUCCCUCCCGUUUGUCGAUGCCCAGCGCUCCCCGGCUCUCUACCGAGCCUUCUUCAUCCCGGGCCUGUCGGAGAGGCUCGUCAAGUACGGCUCGUAUGCCUUGCUGCGGCGGAAGCAGGCGGCAAACAGCCUGGAGGAGCCUGAGGAGGAUUGGCUUAAAUUGAGUGGCUAUGUUGAAGGAGAGGGUUAUGAGGAUGAAAGUGCUGACAGUGCUUCGGAGGAAACGCUGGGUGUUAUGGCGGGUAACGAGAAGUACGUUCAGGCGACAAACGACGACGCGACCGUCAGUAAACUCUCCUGUGUAACAAAAGGCUAUUUCCAGGAUCCCUUUGUGAAGCUAUUUGUUCGCCGCCCAGCCAGGCGGUCUCCCGUCAUCCACCGAGGCUACUUCGCCCGCUGGGCUGCCCUGCAGCAGCUCGUUGACCAGUUCCUCUCGGUUAGCGGUUCAGCUAAUAACGAGGACAGGCCCAGGGGUCCUCCCGGGAGUGAUCAGGAGAGUCAAGGGGAGUCAGAAAAGUCAAGGGAGUCAACAGGGGCAUCGGAUGUGACUCUGCAGAUCAUUUCCUUGGGAGCAGGCUUCGACACACUCUUCUUUAGACUCCAGACGGAGGGCAGAGCCCCACAUAGAUUCAUCGAGGUGGAUUUUCAAGAGGUGGUAGCAAAGAAGGCAGCCAUCAUCAACGCCAAGCCGGAGCUAGCAGCAUGCUUGGGCCCAAACGUCACUCCGCUGGAGGGUGCUGGUCUGCGCUCCUCGAAUGGCUAUUCCCUCGUGUCUGCUGAUUUGAGAGACACUGACAAGCUACAAGAGGCACUUGCAGCAGCUGGAGCCGAGUUCGGACCCAACACAGCAACCCUCCUCUUGUGCGAGUGCGUACUGAUAUACAUGGACGCGCCCAGCAGCCAAAAACUCGUGGCGUGGGCGGCUGAGAAGUUUGGCACGGCGGCGUUUGUUGUUUACGAGCAGAUCCGCCCAGACGAUGCCUUUGGGCAGCAGAUGAUCCAAAACCUGGAGGCUCGGGGCUGCCCUCUCCUCGGCAUCAGAGCCACACCAACACUAGAAGCAAAGGAGAAGAGAUUUCUCGAUGGUGGAUUUGAGAGAAGCAAGGCAGUAGACAUGGACGUGAUCUAUUCACACCACAUCGAUCCACAGCUCGUCAGAAAAAUCGAGCCACUGGAGAUAUUUGAUGAGUUUGAGGAGUGGCAUCUCAUGCAGGAACAUUACUGUAUUGCAUAUGGAAUAAAGGAUGCUCUGGGUGUUCUCCACAACUUUGGGUUUCGUAUAUUCUCUCAGGACACAACAUAG